UCCCGUUACUGUAGGAGGUAUCACCGUCAUCCCUGUCCAGUAGUACUUGCAGGUUACCUGCACAGGCUGCUUGUACUUACAGGAGGAUGCGGCCGAUUUUAGGACCAAACGCGACGAAAAGGCAUCGACUGCCAUCUCAACGUACCAGACCACUCUUUCUGGAUAGUAUUCAGUGCUGUGUUCGUUAGUACAAGUUAUCGUAAGUCAGCCCCCCGUCCCCCGGGGACGAUGGCCGCGCGUCGCGUCGGCUGUCACUCCCCCGCGUUCAGGUCUGGCAGCGAAUGCGAAACAAAGCUCCGAGCUCAGCACCGUAGGCAAGGACACAAGGACAGUUUGAGCAGCGCGCCAAAGCAGUACGCCGCGCGACCGCCCGCCGGUUGCGCAGCGCACUGUGUACUACUAUGCUGGGCGCCUGCAUACUACGCGGCACAGAGUGCCGCGCAGCCAAUCCUCCCCAUCCUAUGCGUUUCCCUCUAUUUAACCACCGUCGCGCUCCUUUCCAAAAGCAGGAUUUCCUCCCGUGAUACUACAGUAUUCCCCUUCCGAGCGCAGGUUAUAGUAGCACGACUGUGGUGCUCGCGGCGUGGACGAGUAACACUAUGGACCGACACCAGAGUGGAAACAUUAUACCGCUCCUAACCUCCCGCGCGAUUAACUCCCUCUGGCACGACGUGCUUCUCUUUCCAGAGAUCGCGGACAGCCAAGUCAGCAACGAAGAUGGCGGCGGCGGCGGUGGCGGCGGCACGUGCACGUUCAUCUGCACGGCCGGCAGCGACGCCGGCCGCGACGCGAGCGGCAACGGCCGGCAGUCGCUCUUCUCCCUCGUCACGCGCCGCCGGAAGCUGCUUCUCGACGGCCGUGUCGUGCCGCUCGAAGUCCCUCCGCCAAAUGCGGCGAUGGCGGCGGCGGCGGCCGAGACAGCUUCUGGAGUAUCGGCUCCUCCCCCUCAAUCUCCACGAACCCCUCAGACCCCGUUGACUCCGUUGACUCAGUUGACUCCCACUGGGAGUGGCAGAACGCCGAGCUUCCUUUUCAAGCCCAACAGCGUCGCUGGCGGCUCGAGUGACCCGGGGCCGUGCCCCGCAUCGGCGUCGCCGCACUAUGCGCCGCUAGUCUCCUGGAACUCGGGGAUUCUGCCGCAGACGUGUCUCCUCGCUCCCUGCAGUGUUGACAACAGCCGCGCCGCUAGUACCGCUGUCUUCGCCGAUGGUGACGGGAGCCUUAUCGGGCCUACCACGGAGAGCACUAAGGAUAGUUCCACGUUUUCGGCAGCACCGCGUGGCGCGACGUCCGCCGAUCCUGGCGCUACUUCCAGCGGCGGCGACGGCGAGAGCGCCUCGUUCUUCGACUAUGCGCCGGUGGAGGUGAUCGAAAUCGGGUCGCGGGUGCGGGAGCCGGGCGACGCGUUCGCGGUGCUGCCGCUCCUUGCCUUCCCCGUGCGACCCCACCGUUCAACAACGACGACGGCGACGGGCGACGGCCGUGGCGGCGUCGCACUCUCUCUUGAGGCUCCCUCUCUCGGCGACGCCGACGUGUCGCACAAGCUGCUCGUCAUCGCCGCUGACGACCCGCUGAUCAUGAGCGAACUUGCACAAUUCCCCGGCAGCGGGGGGUGCGGCGCCGGCGGCAACAUUUUCCACUACGGCGGCUCGAACGCGCGUCCGGGAUCGCCGAGCGGCGGGUUGGCGAGGCGCAUAGCGGAGGUGAUUCAGUGGGUUCACGAGGCGGGAUUCACGGCCGUUCCCGGGCGAUACGAGAACGGCCUCUUCCGCAGCGCGUCGCAGGCAUGCUCAUCCGUGCGAUUCUCCCCUUCGUCCCCGCGGGAAGCCCAGGCCGUCAUCCUGCACGCGCACGUGGCGUGGAAGCUCCUCUACUCCACGCUGCGCCGCCCAGUCAAGCUCGACCACAGCCGCACCAUGGUGCGCCGCAUGGCCCCGCCACCCCUGCUGCCCGGGGACGCGGAGAACUCCGCCAAGCGUCAUGACGACUCGGAAGACGACGUCAGCACACCGUCACCUUGCGCUAGUACCGCUCGGAACGAUACUAUCUCCAGCACGCGCAGUUUACCUGGGAACGUCCAGGCGGCACCGGUGGGCCAGAACAAGCAGCAGCAGCAGCAGCAGCACCGGCGCAUGGGUGGGUCGUCAAGCAAGCGCAUGUACCGCCCCAGCUUCCUCGACCCGACAGCGCCGUCAUCAUCAUCACCAGCAGUAGCGGCAGCAACCGCAGCAGCAGCUGCAGCAGCAACAGCAGCAGUAGUAGCAGUAGCGGCAGCAGCAGCAGCAGUAAAAGCGUCCCCCCACGAGCAGUGGGCAGGCCGCAUCAAGGAAUCGCUCGCCGAGCACCAGUGGCACCGCACUGCAGGCAACGGCUCCCAGCGCUCCCAGCAUUCCAAGCACUCUAUGUCUUCCCAUCGUCCUGGGUCCUCCAGUGGCGCAACAGCUUUUGGUACCGCCCUCAACUCUGGCGACGGUGGUGGUGGCGGCGUCGGCGGACGGCGGCCCCAUUCGGCUGGGGCUCUCAGCAGCGUGACGCACCUGCUGGCGAAGCCUGCCGUGUCGCCCGCCUCCGUCAUCUUCACACCUGCGUUCAAGCCGCCGCCGCUGGGGCUGGAGGGGCUUUGUGAGGCGGUGCACGAGGAGCAGCAGCAUCUGUCCCUGGCGGCGCUGCAACAGCAGAAACUCCUGCAGCGGCAGCUGCAACAGCAAUACGCAGAGCGGCAGCAGCGGGCGGGUGGAAGGGGGGGAGAUGCGAGACGAGGUGGAGUGCAACGGCUGCUAAUACUGGAGAGCGACGACGAGAUGGACGAAGAUGAUGAAUUCAGCCUUGACGUCAGGACUCCGACUCUGGUGAGAGGAGGGCUAGGAGGAAGAGGAGGGGGAGGUGGAGGGGGAGAUGGUGGUGAUGGCGCCCCUGCAGGCACGAGGGAGUUGGGGAAGAAGGGGUCUGGAUCUGGAUAUGGGAGAUCUGCAGCCAACGAGCCGUCUCCCCGGUCGACCAUUGCGCCAUACUUCAAGUCCAUAUCCAUUCCCUCUAUAGGCAGUCCUGAGUCAAGCGAUAUUGAGUACAGCGAGGGAGGGAGGCAGUUCAAGGGGGGCGAUUUCGGUGACCGUUCCUCGGACCAGGGGAGCGUGAACAGUGCCAGCAACAGUGAUGAGGACGGCGAUAACGAGGAGGAUAAUAUCGAGGAUGAAGAUGAUGACGAUGAUAAUGAUAAUGUUGACGAGAAUGGUGAUGGCGUCAGCACAACAGUCACCUUUUCUGGCGGUCACUGGCGGAUGGCAGCGGCUACGACGCGGUUAGUACGGUCGACGUCACUGAGGAGCUGCCCCGGAGACAGAGCAAAGAGGAGCGAAUCUUGGGGCAUUCAUUGGAAGCUUGGUCUUGGCAUAAGGGUCAGCAGCAACGACGACCUGAAAGGAGCAGGAGCAGGGGCAGGCGCAGGAACAGGGGCACCGGCGGCUGUAGGCUCUAAACCCGCCAUGUUGAAGUGGCUGCGUGAAGGGCCCAAGCCCGAUGCAGCGGCAGCGUCGGAGCAAGAGGAGGGAGGGGGGCUGGGGCUGCUUUUAGGACGAGCCCACUCAACAGGUAAAGAGGCAGCAGCGGAGCUCGUUGCUGCUGCGAUUCGGGUGCUGCGCAAAGCAGGGAGUGAGGGGAGUGGAGGAGGAAGGGGGACGGCGGGACGGCCUCCGCCCAGUCCUACGACGCCGUCUGGCAGCAAGGAGGGGUGGGAUGCUGGUUCUGCAGCUGGUUCCGGUGCUGGUUCGGCUACCACUUCGCCUGCUUCUGCUGCCGGCGAUGGGUCCAGAGCAUCGGGGAAUGGCAGCGACGGUGGAAAGCGCUCGUUCUCUGGACCGUUGGGGAUUAGCCUCGGGGGGGCGAGCUCAAGGGGUAUCUUGAAGGGCUUGAAGAACGACAGGGGCAACGGGAAGGAGGUGGUUGUGCGGAAGUCCAAGAAAGGGGAAGGGGGGAAGGGGGAUGUGCAGGAGCAAGAAUCGGACGUCGAUUACUCACCAGAUUCUCUGGCCAGUCGACAGUUGACGUUUCCUGAGGGAAUGAGCUCCGCUUCUGAAAACCCGGGAGCCGGGAAAGGCGGUUUAGGAGGUGGGUUAGGAGGAGAGAACCGGUUGAGGCGCAUGGCUGCUCUACCUCUGCUUCCUGGUGCCAGGCCUUUAGCCCACGACGAGGCGACGAUGCGGCGGCUCACUGGCUGGAAGGGGUCGAAGAGCGCCAACUGCUCGUUGAAAGCUGGGCGCAAGGAGGGCGAUGGGGAGAGCAGCAGGGCGACAGGACUGACGAGAACGCAGGUGGGAUUUUCGCCUGCUGAAUUGGGCUCAGCGACUCCGAUCGUGUUGCCGUGGGAGGUGAUGGAUAGUACAAAAGGAGGAGCCUUGAGCAAAGGAUCCCUGACUAGCGAUCGCCAUUUGAUGAAAAGUCCAAGCUAUGGCGGCGAUAAUGCCGGUGCUGGGGAGAGCCAGCAGGUUGGUCAGGCAGGGCGUGUGGAGAGAUACCGAGACGAAGACGUGGGUGGUUUUAUUGGGGAAUGCCGAAACAAGCAGUCGUAGUGACAGCACACCACGUUUAGUCCUGUUGGAAAUAUCUCAAAGGACUUAAGCGUUUCUGAAGUGUAACACUACACUCGAGGAAGCUCGCAACGAGUACGCGAGUCAACGGAGUUAACACGAGGGGACGGACAAAGAACGCGAAGGGAUUCGAAGGGUUGGAACUGGAGGUUGCGACUGACCGUUACAACAGCGCGGAUGGUAACCGAAGCGACAAUCGAGUCGCUGUGCGACUUGAUAACCGCUCCUGCAACUGUAUUCUACAACUGCUUUUUUUUUAAUAUAUAUAUUGCUGUAUGCUUGUUUCUUUAAUCAA